GCAUGUUCAUGCUGGCAGAUGCCAGAUAUAUACAUGCAUUCAUUGAUGCUCGAGCCUAUUAACCUAGAUUCUCAUCCGCUCUGAUUACAACCCACAGACUACUCCCUCCACUCGUCCCGGACCUCCAUACCGUCGAAUUACAUACCUCUUUUUCCGACCUCUUCUCACGAUGGUGAAGUCGACCCUCAUCGUGCGCGUGGACCAUCUCGGCGGCAGUGUUCUUGUCGAGACACAAAAUGAAAUGAGUCGGGAUCCAGCUAUGCUAGAGGCCAGCGCGAGGGUGAAGAAAGUAAUCCGCCAGGCAGGCCCCCAGUCAGCAACCCAUGCAGAUAUCGACUGCGGGAAAUAUACGGUCUUCUAUGUCAUGAGUGGACAAACCAUGUAUGUCGCAUUCUGCGAAAAGUCAUACCCCAAAAACGUGGCCUUUACCUACCUCGACGACAUUCAAACACAAUUCUCGCAGCAACACCCCGAACGAGAAUAUGCUGUUCCUACAGUACUAAAACCAUUCCACUACAUGAGCUUCGAGAACGACAUACGAAAGACAAUGAAGGCAUACUCGGACCCGCGCGCUGUACAGGGACCAGGGCUGGACAAGAUCAAUGAAGAGCUCAGAGGCGUCACGGAAGUUAUGAAAAAAAACAUCGAGGAUCUAAUAUACCGGGGAGAUAGUUUAGACAAGAUGGGAGACAUGAGCUCGCGCUUAAGAGAAGAAAGUAGGAAGUAUCGGAAGGCGGCUGUCAGGAUAAAUUGGGAGCUUUUACUCAAGCAGUAUGGUCCGAUAGGCGGAGUCGCGCUCAUAAUGAUUAUUUUCAUAUGGUGGCGCUUCUUCUAGUAUCGCAUCCUUCGGGCCCUGGCGGUCUCCAUAUUAGCGUAGGCGCAUCACACGAGGAAUGGGUUGUCUUCGACAAUUGAUGUCUAUUCACGCAACAUGCACCGGUCGCUGCCUAGGCCUGGUGCCAGCUCUCAUCUAGGGAAUGGGAGCGCUAGCAUUAGCAUUGCUAAAAGAGUCCUUAAUGACUUUAAGCAUGGCAGCACAAGUCGAGUGUUAUGAUAGUAAUCUGAUUAAAUAGGGGUCUGCGGAGCGCACCACACUGUGCUAAAGCAUAACAUUAUAAUAGGCAUUCAUUUAACUAGGAUAUACUGAGAGGGUAGAGCAAGCAAGUGGGCGAACCAUGAACUGAAAAAUCAUAU